GAAAUUUGGUCAAAAGAUGGAAGUAUCUCAGAUGAAAGCGAACAUGUUGAUGUCGUCGUCGUCGCCUUCCACUCGAUGCAGAUCGUUCUUCUUCUUCCCAAUUCUAUUCGCCGUCGUCGUCCUACUUCUUGGACUUCCGAUUCUAUCCUCCGCCGAUAAGCGCCACGUUAUCAACUUCCGAUCCCCGGGACUCUACCCGGAGGGAUUAACCUGGGAUCCAAGGGACCAGCACUUUCUCGUUGGUUCCCUCCACAGCCGCACUAUUCAUUCCGUCUCCGACGCUGGAGUCGUCGAAACCUUCAUUUCCGAUCCCGAUCUACCGGAGAACGCUACUAUCCUCGGUCUCGCCGUUGACUCUACUAAUCGCCGUCUACUUGCCGCCAUCCACUGCGCACCGCCUCUCCUUCCCUUCAGUGCCCUAGCCGCCUACGAUCUCCGCAGCGGAGGCCGCCGUAUCUUCCUCUCUGCUCUCCCCUCGCUUCCCGGAGACGACGAGGACAUCUCCCGCGAUAUCGCCAAUGACGUGGCUGUUGAUUUCAAAGGCAACGCUUACGUCACCAACUCAGCCAAAAACUUCAUCUGGAGAGUCGAUCGCGACGGCGCUGCCUCCAUCUUCUCCAGAUCGCCGGUGUUCAAUUCGCAGCCGGUGGCGGCAGACGCGGACGAAACUUUCCGCGAUUGCGGCUUGAACGGGAUCGUGUACAUCAGCAAAGGCUACCUCCUGGUUGUGCAGAGCAACACAGGGAAGAUGUUCAAAGUGGACGAAGAUACCGGCACGGCGAGGCUGGUGCUGCUGAACAGAGAUGUGAUUGCAGCAGACGGGAUGACUAGGAGAAGGAGAGACGGCACGGUCAUGGUGGUGUCGCAGAAGAAGCUCUGGUUACUCAAGAGCCAAGACAGCUGGAGUGAAGGAGUGGUUUAUGACGAAAUUGACCUCGACGUCGAAGGCUUUCCGACAGCGGUGACUGUGGCGGGGCGGGAUAGGAUAUAUGUCUUGUAUGGGAGAGUGAUGGAAGGCAUAAUGAAAAGUUACAAAGGACAAGGAGAGAGGGAAUGGUUUGGGAUUGAAGAGGUUUGGUCGGAGAAGGAAGGCGGGGAAGAUAAGAUUUGGUUGUAUGUGUUGAUCGGGUUUGGCUUCGCUUACUUCUGUAUCUGGAGGUUUCAGAUGAAGAAGCUCAUCACUAACAUGGACAAAAAGAUCACCUAACCCUUCUACUUUUUUUUAUCUUCAGUUUUUUAUUAACACGUUUUGUAAUAGGAAACAAUAGCACAAAACAGGAUGUAGUGUUAUUUACUCGUUGGGUUGGGUGUUGGAAAUGAAAAGCUUUUGAUUCUCA